CUCAACCCGCUCUGUUUAGUUUUCUUACAAAAUGCGCUUCUCAUCCCUUCUUUUCACCCUUCUCCCUCUCUUUUCCCGCGCACAAAGCGACAGUGACACCGACGAUGCAUUUGCCUCGGGUCAGCCUGGUGGCGAGCUGGGCUGGGUAGUGUGUCAGUUCGCCACGCCUGAGGUGUGGCAUUUUCCGUAUCCAGGAGACUGCACCAAGUUCAUCAAAUGCGAUAUAGAACACCAUUUGUCGACAAUUUAUAGUUGUGAUAAGCCUUUGCACUUUAAUCCAUAUAUUCAAACAUGCGAUUGGAGUGAGAAUGCAGGGUGCGCGUUUCAUGUAUAGAGACUCGGAUUCAGGUGGUUCCUCUGGGCCAUGGCUAGUAAGCAAUAGAAUUUCAAUCGCCAGGCUCUGAUGCUUAUUGUUUGUUGUUAGUAAUGCAGGAUAUUGCCGGAAUGCUCUCUGGGUUGAGGCUGUAGCACAAGGAAUGUGCAACACCUUGAUUUGUAACUAUAUUACCCCUUUCAACCCAUUAUUAGCUAUUAUUCUGCAUAUAUCCAUCUCAUACAAGCUUUCGUACCAAUCUCAA